AGUCAUCAGUAGAUAACAAGGGAGCUGUGUGAGAGGAGGUUGUAUGUAUGCAGUUGCAGCGGAUGCAACCUUUAUUUAGUAUGAAGUGGAACUAGUGUGGUAUAUAUAUUGUUAUAUUUCCUGUGUAUUGUGCCAAGAAGUCCGCUUUAAAUAUGUCGAGACAGAACGAUCGACUGAGUUAUGCACAAACUUAUAAGUUGGUUGUUGUAGGAGGGGGUGGCGUCGGCAAAUCUGCUAUCACGAUACAAUUCAUUCAAAGCUACUUUGUAACGGAUUAUGAUCCAACGAUUGAGGACUCUUACACGAAACAGUGUGUCAUCGAUGAUGUGCCCGCAAAGCUGGACAUUCUGGACACAGCUGGACAGGAGGAGUUCAGCGCAAUGCGGGAGCAGUACAUGCGCUCAGGAGAGGGCUUCCUUCUUGUGUUUGCGGUGACAGAUAAAGCAAGCUUUGAUGAGAUGUAUAAGUUCCACCGGCAGAUCCUUCGAGUGAAGGAUCGAGAUGAAUUUCCAAUGCUCAUGGUGGGCAACAAAGCUGAUCUAGAACACCAGCGUUUGGUGUCACAAAUGGAAGCGCAGAAUCUCUCAAGACAGUUGAAGAUUCCAUACAUUGAGUGCAGUGCAAAACUUCGCAUGAAUGUUGACCAGGCUUUUCACGAGCUGGUAAGAAUUGUCCGCAAGUUUCAGCUGUCAGAACGUCCGCCCCUCAAAGCCAACUAUAAGAAGAAUAAGAAGAAGUGUAGUUUGUUGUAGUAACAUUACUGUUGCUGUUGCCUGCACCGUUUCUUCCCUUCUGUUAUAUUGUGUUUCAUGAUGGGUUGGACCUACACCCUGCACUGGAGUGCUCUGUAACCUUGAUAGUUCAAACUGAUCACUUGCCUAUAUCAUGGCUGGAUUGCAGAUCAAGUUAUAACCAUCCACAAUUUGUGCUGAUGUGUCUGUAUAAUUUUAGUUGGGCACCAGUGGACUGGGUCCACAAAGGAUAAGUGCACUUUGAGUGCUUGGUUAGCAGUAGAUGCUUGCAUCGCUCAGUGGUGUCAAGGGAUGAGGUCUUGGGUUCAUGGUUGUCUGGGACUUUGUCAGUAGGUGGGAUAGCAGGCAACAGAGAAGUGGUUGUUCAUGGAUGUAAGAAAUAUAUAUAUAUUAAUGUGUGUGCAUGUGUGUGUGUGUGUGUGUGUGUGCAUGCAUGUGUGUACGCUGGCAUGGGGACGGUAUGUUGUUGUGGCUAUGUCAGGAUACUUCUCCCUUCCCCCUAUAUUGUGUUAUGCAAACAGUUCUCACUAUGUUUAAUGAGGAAAAGAAAAUUAACACUUUAAACUGUAUAUGAUGUAUUCAAACAGAGCUCAGUAUUUAUAAGUAUUCUGAAAGGUGGCCUGACUUAAUUGUGGGUGGUCUUUUUCUGAAGCCUUGCUCCUGUACGCUUCUUUGGUCCUCAGACGCACACACUAUAAUAUUCCGUAUGACUGCCAAAGUUCACAGGACCAAAAAACUUUCAUCUAAUGAAAAGUCAGUUAUACCCCCCGCAGGUAUCAUGCCCAGCCAUGACACUGGGGGGUCCCCCCCAGCCAGCAUAUUAAAAUAUUGGAUUAUUGGAUGUAGGGAGGUGUUUGAGCAAGUGCAUGUGCUUGAAACUGCAACCCCCCCNGCCAGUCCAAGUUUGCUGACAUCUGAUAAACAAGUCCAAAUCUGCACCUUUAAAGCAGACCAGCUGGUACCAGACUUUCUGCUAAACAUUUAAUAAUAUAGCAGCAUCCAAAAUUUGAACUCGGGCCUUUAAAAUAACUGUGCAUUAGGCCAAUUAACAAUGUUCAUGCCAUUUUUGAUCAUGGUAUUUUUAGCAAGGUGUGAUUAUUUACACAUUAGAGAAAGUUCCAUAUUUGCUAUUUUGAAAUUAUAACAAGUUCUGGGAAGAUCUAAUCACCUACUGUCUUUUGAUAUGACAUGGACUCCAUGGAAAACAAUGCAUCCAACAAUUCUUUGUAGCUCUGUGCAAAUCUUUAACAUGUUGGUACUUAGUGACAAUAUGGGAAUAGACAGACUGACAGACUCUCCUUUGAUAUGACAUGGGCCACAUGGAAAAUGACACGUCCAGUGAUUCUUCUGUUGUUGUAUGUACUCAUUUCCAUGGGAACAUAUUUACAUUGCCUAGCACCGAAAGGAGUGAUACACGUAACCGAGCUGUUGUCCUGCAACAAUAGGAGGGAUACACAUACAGACACACAGACUGAUGGGAGGGGUUUAUGAAGUACGCUGUUGAGGUGGGCUCAGU